GUCAUCGUUGGUAAUGUGACGUAGAGGUAAACAAGAUGGCAGCGCACAGUGAGUAGCGAGUAUGAAACUGAGGAAUUUCACUCAAGUACGUCGAAUUUUAGUGUUAAUAUUCGUAUUUAUUGUGAUUCUUUGGUUAAUAAUCCAACACGAGUAUGUCUCGAAUUGUUUAAAUGCGACAGAUUCGAAAUCUUGCGAGAAGAUUCGUUUAAAUGAACUUUAUAUGGCCAUACGUCGAGCUGAUGUCGAUUCACGUUGUUAUAAUGAAGUUAAUAAGUUACAGUCGGAGCUACUGAAUGGUCCGGAUGUUACUUUAUACAUAAUUACACCGACAUAUCCUAGAUUAGUUCAAAAAGCUGAGCUUACGAGGCUAUCAUACUGCUUUAAAUUAGUACCAAGUGUUCAUUGGAUAGUGGUAGAAGACAAUGAAGUCAAAACAGAAUUAGUUACCAAGUUGUUGCAGAAUACUUUAAUUCCCUACACACAUUUAAAUAUAAAGACACCGGCUGAAUUUAAAAUGAAAGAAACAGAUCCAAACUGGUUAAAACCCAGAGGAGUCUUGCAGAGAAAUCUUGGUUUAGAGUGGAUUCGAAGUAAACUGAUUCUAGAAAAGGAUAAAGGUGUGGUAUAUUUUGCCGAUGAUGAUAAUACUUAUGAUCUAGAACUGUUCGAAGAGAUGAGAACCACGAGAAAAGUUUCCGUGUGGCCGGUUGGCCUGGUGGGAGGAUUGAUUGUAGAAAAACCUCUGGUUAGCGACGGGAAAGUCGUAGGUUGGAAUACUCUGUGGAAAAAAGAGAGACCGUUUCCGAUCGACAUGGCCGGAUUUGCCGUCAAUCUAGAAUUAAUUCUUCGGUAUCCGGAUGCUCGGUUCGAUCUCUCGGUUCCUCGGGGUUAUCAAGAAAGUCAUCUGUUGAAGCGUAUUGUUACCGUCGAAGAAUUGGAACCCAAAGCGGAUAAUUGUACGAAGGUUUUAGUGUGGCAUACAAGGACGGAACAACCGAAAUUAAAACAAGAGAAAAAGUUAAAAAUACCAAGCAAUUUAAAUAUUGAAGUUUAAAAAUAUAUUUUUAUAUGAUAUUUUUAUACUUAUAAUGUGUGCAAUAAAAUUUCUGAAGCUUUUUAUAUUUAUGUAAAAAAAAUAACAUUUGUUGGUUUUAAUAAGGCAUGUUAUUUUCGAAUAGAUUUAUAAAAACAAUUAAAUACUUUAACGUAAUUUAGAUGCUCUUUUGAGAAGAUAAUAUAAAAUUAGAUACUGCAAAAAACAUAUUUCUAUAAUGUUGAUUGUUAAUAUUUUUUAUUUUUAACAUUUUGUUUCUAUUAUAUUACAUAUCAUAGAAUAUAUAUAAAUUAUUUAAUUUACAUAUACAGGUAUUUGUUGCUUAAUGAUGGGAAUACAUUAAGCAAACUACUUACAAGUUAGACAAACCAAUAUGAUAUAGUCAGUAUGCUACAACAUACUGAGUUGUCUACUAUAUAUUUUUAAUAUAUAGUACAGUACUACUUACUUGCAUGGACUAUAUGUAACAUAAUGAUAAGAAUUUUAUGUAUAUAACAUAAUUAAACAGGAAAGGUGCAGGUGAUUACAAAACUUUUCACUCCAUUAUAAUCUUAUGGGUCCUCUAUUGUACAUGCAGUUCCUCAUUAAGCACUAUAUACCUGUAUGUAAAUUAGAUAGGAAAUGUUUUCAAAAUUAUUGGCAGAUUGCUUCUCUUUUGAGUUCCAUAACAUCUAAAGUUUACUUCUUAAUGGCAUUAAAUUUAUUUUAUGUAUAAUGUUUCCAAACAUUUAAAAAUAAUCAUUUUAAAUAUAAAUAAAUUUAUUAUUAUUAUUUAUUAUCUUGACUGUUAAUUAAAUUUAAAGUGAAUUGAAACUACAUGCCAAUUUUUAGGUUACCAAAACAUUCUUUUUAAACCUUAAAAAACAUACAGAAACUGCCAUGAAGCAUGAUUAGAUCAAUUUUUUCAAAUUACCACUGUUUUA